AUGAACGGCAUGGACCGAAGUCUGAAGAGAGCUGACGACGAGGAACAAAUGGCGUAUGAGAUGUUCUUUGUAGACGGCAAAGUUCCAGAACGUGAUAAGAUGGGAGUCAUGGAUCUGAUCAAGAACCAAAUGUCCAAGGAUCUGAACAUGAAGAAAUGGGGUGAGAUGAGUUUCAAGAAGGUCAAGGUAGAUGAGUGGUGGUCCGAGCCGAAUCAGGUUGAGAAAGAUCGUUUUAUGAAGAUGCCUGGGGGUGGAUCUCUGAGGAAAGCAUUUACUUGGGAUGUCCCCAAAACCAAGUCAAGUUAG